CAUGCGUUUGGAAGGAAAAGUGUUCUCGGGGUUCAACGCAAACAAACGUUGUAGUUGAAAUUGUUUGAUACGUUUCGGUUGUUUUGUUUGUGAUGUAGUGUUUAGUAGACUAAAUGUAGCGCUGCGACAAGGAAAAAGUAUUGCGAAAUAUUUUCGGCUGAAUAGUUGGCUUAAUCAGGACCUCGAGGACGGAGAGAAGGGGGAUCUGUUUCGAUGUGAAAUGUGGAGCAGUGUGGCGCCUGAUAACGUCAAGAGUCCGGCGCCGUCCGCGAGGUCAAAGCAUAGUUCAACUCUUAUAGGGGAAUAUGUUUAUAUACUUGGAGGUCGGAACGGGAAUUUACCAACAAAAGAUUUUUGGAAAUAUAACUUAGUCACUGGGAAAUGGUAUCAAAUAAAGCCAUCGGGUGAUAAAUUACCCUGUCUCCAGGAACAUACAGCAGUAGCUUACAAAGAUUGUCUGUACGUAUUUGGCGGCGAAGUCGGAUUUUCAGCAGGAACCGAAACGCCUUUGUGGAUCUACGAUAUUAAAUUAAACUGUUGGAAGAAGAAAAAGACUAAAAAAGGUGUGGUUACGCCGAAAGGACGAAGAGGUCAUACAGCGUUAGUCACUAACGGGUCUAUGCUGAUUUAUGGUGGAUACCAAGAUCUUAGAGGGUCUUCCAAUGAAUUAUGGGCAUAUCAUUUCGACACAGAAUCAUGGCACUUGAUAUCGACUACAGGAAAAGGCUCAUCAGAAUGUCCUCCACCACGUCACAAACAUUCCGCAGUACUCCAAGGAGACGCCAUGUGGAUAUACGGGGGAAUGACCGAUCUUCAAGAAAGAUCAGAUCUUUGGAAGUGGGAUAUACCAUCACGGACAUGGCAUUGUGUCAAGAGUAAAAUCAAUCCUGGACCUUUACACAGUCAUGCUGCUUGUAAAUUACCUUCGGCACAUAUGUUGAUUUUUGGAGGCGAGAGAAACGGACAGGCCAACAACGAUUUGUGGAAAUUUAGCUUUGCUUUAGAAAGUUGGGAGAAAGUUACAAUAAACGGCGCUAAGCCUCAACCUCGUUCUGAAAGUAUAGCCAUUAUAAUCUCAGAGCUACUCCUCAAUGGCUCUUUAGCCACUUCGCUGGAUUCUAAAUGCUUAAGAAUUCGAAGAAGGACUUGUACGUCUGCAGAUAGAGGCAGUCGACAUUCGUCCUAUUUACCGAACAAUAAGGUGGCUCCUUGCGAAAAAACCUACAUUUUUCAACCCACUCUAAUGAACUAUAACGAUGGAAGUGAUUUAGCUCAGCAGUUUUCCGAAACGAACAGGUCUUCCAGAGGAUUCCUCCAAGAAAUCCAAAAAUUGUCUCAAUUAAACAUUCCAAGGAUGAGUAAUAAGUGUAGCUAUACUGUUUUAACUGGCUGCGCUGGUGAUAGUACGGAGAGUCUGUUAAGGCAACACGCUAGUCCGCAGGCAGAAGUUGAGGUUAUUGAUACUGAUAUGGCAGAUGUAGCAUCGCCGCGUAGAGGCUCAAUGAAAAAAUCAAAAUCCGCUUAUGUGAUCAAAAAGAAAUUCAGUACGGACAACUCUCCAUCGGAUGAAAUAGAAUUGAGAGAAAUCAAUCCAAAGAAACGAGUAGAAUUCGAUAGUACAGCAAUAAAAAUACCAAGAGAACCAAUAUCAGUGCCAAAUUUUUCUGUACUAUCUCUACCAACUCCAGUAUUAACUCCAGUAGAAGCUACGAAAUUAGUUUAUUUAGAUAGCGAAGACGAAAACGAGCUACUAGGAAAAAAUAAAUCUAAUAAUGAGCAAAAAAAUAACGUUCAAGUGCAUCUCAAUAACGAGAAAAAUAUUUAUGAAAAUUUCUUACCUAUUAAAAAAGGGGAAAGCUACAGCUCACACAUUGGAUACGCCGAUAAUCCCUUAUACCAAGAUAUGAUUAAAUCGCUGGAAGAAAAGUCUAGAGAAAACGUUUCUUCUACGUCAGAUUAUGCAAGUAUUGAAACUGUUAAUCGGUUGUCGUCAGUUAGUAGCUAUAGCGUUAAAACAGGUACGCCUCAGGAAGAGAACCAGAAGAACACAGACAGGGAUAGGAACGGUCCGUUUGGUUUUUGUAACCCUAACUAUAUGGGCCCCGAAAUAAAAUCUCUCAUGAACGAUAAAGUAGAAAGGAAAAGCAUCGUCAAACUAAUUUCAACGGAAGAGAAUUUCAGUAAUUCAGAGGACGAAAACGGUCUAGAAAUGCAAAAUUACGAAAGCACCAUUACCAGAAAUACCAAAGUAGUUUAUAGACAUUCUAGCAGAAAAAGACCUCCAAAAUCUCUGUCGAUGGAUUCAACUUAUAGAUCCAAAUCUAAUGACAAAUGUAGAGCUCUUAGUGCGGGUAGAGUCGAAACAAAAAUUGAUAGGAUAGUUAGUAAUAAGCAUGAUGAAUCUGGAUCAGAUCCAGCUUUAAAAGUGUAUUUAUACAUUUUUGGGGGCAAAGAACAAGGGCAAGUAACUGUUUUCCAGAGACCGAUUUCGAUUUGGAGGUUAAAAUUAUUUUAGAUAAAAAUUCUAGUCCAAAAGAUGUGCCAAUAAACCAUAUAGAAAUAGAAAGUAGUAACGUAUGGGUAUCAGCAUUUAUCAUUAAACAGUCUAAGCUAAUUUGAAUCCAAAUUUGUUAGUUUUCUCAGCUAAGAAAUAUUUUAACUUGUAUCAAGACUUUUUUAAUUUAAUUGUAACUAAAACACCAUAAGGUUGGCACUGUUUUCAUACAGAUUUUCUAUUUAGAGAAAAGAAAAACCAACUUAUUUUUGUAAUUUCAUAUCUUAGAUAUAUAUUAGUUAUAUUUUGAUUCUUAAAUUUUGGUUUUUUCACAAGAACUAUGAAAUUCAUGUUUAUAAAAAAUAUGCGAUUUGAAUCUGAGGUAAAUCGCCACUAAACAGGGGUGAGUGGGCAUGUAGAUUCAAUAUCUUCUCAAAAUGAAACUCUGCAAUAACAAGGGUAUUUCACAAGCAUGAACUUAAUCUUUGAUAUGUUCAAAUCAAAUUUGAACAAGAAAUUUAUGACAAAAACAUGAUUUUAUGAAAAGUUAUUUAUAAAAAGUUCUGCAUGGUCCAAUAGUUAAACCAACCAGCAGAUAUCAAUUUUUUUAGCAGUAUACGAGGUUUGUCAAAAAAAUUCAGAAAAAUGUUAUAAAGUGAAGUUGUUUUCAAUUAAAAGUUAUAUGCAAUUAUAGCCAUUUAUUAUGAAAAUCAGGUUUUGUAAUUAUUUACUAAUCAUUAUUAAUUAUUCUGACUGGAUACAAUUUAUCUCUCUUACCUGUUAAAAAUAUGAUUAACCUUUCUAUUUAUCACUGUUUUUGAACAACCUUGCAAUGUACAUACGUAAUGAAUGCAUAAUAAUUUUUUAUUGUAAAAAUUGAAAAGUAAAGAAAAUUUAAUUCAAUGUCCUACAGCUUCGACAUAUCCACCUUCUCUUUGUGAACAUUCAAUUGUUCGUUUGCCAAACUCUUGUAUUACUUUCCGUAUCAUAUUUGGGAUAAUUUUUUGGCAUUCUCCAGAAAUAAUCCUUUCCAAAUGGUCUACAUCAUCGAAUGGUUCUUGCUGAUAAACCUGCUGCUUUAACUAAAAACCAUAAAAAAAGUCAAAGGGAGUCAAAUCAGCUGACCUAGGAGGCCAAAAAAUAUCUAGAUAUCUGUGAAUCACCUUCCAAUUAAACAUAUUUUCAAGGAGUACUCUAACGUUUAAUGUAUUAUGGAUGGAAGCACCGUCUUGUUGAAAUCAAAUUGUCAUGAGUUCUUGUAACGGAAGGUCGCGCAAAAAAUCACUUGAUAUAUACAGAUUAUUGCUUUUAUUGCUUUUACCCAAUACGUACUUAUGAGUAGUUUAUAGAAAUAAUAGAUACACAAUUUUGGAUUUUGGAUAUAGAUAAUCAAAAUCAUUAUUUUCACAAAAUGAUAAACCAAAUAAAGUUAUUUAUGCAACAAGUGAAGUAAUACUUUAAUACUUUACUUUAAUACUUUUUAAUACUACUCACGAGAAGAACGGUUUAAAAAUUCUUACGAGUGAAAAAAAAGUUAAUUUAUUUAAGAGUUUCAUACGAAAUUUUUUCUACGUCCGUGGACUUAAAACAAUUCCACAAGAUUUUUAUCAAUUAUUAUUUCAUAUUAAUAUUAAAAGUAGAAUUGUGAGCAUUGUUAAUUUGAAGUGAAGAAGAAGUUAUAUUACUAUAGUUGUAUUAGUACUUAUUGGAUUGUUGAUAGGAUCGUGAACAUUUACAAUGUUGCUUGAAGUCUAGAACUAGUUGUUCCCUUUAAAAUUUGCACUGCGGAAUCCAUUUUGUUUUUUAUUGAGUCGUCUAUAUAACCCUCCAAAACUGUGUUGGAUUUCCACCCACCGUGCUUCGUUAGUUGAAUUAUAUCACCACCGGAAUCCACUAAUAGAGACGCCGAGGAGCGUCGAAAUGUAUGCCCAGUGUAGUUUUUUGAAUUAGGUAAAUUCAAAUAUGUUGCGAUAAGUGAGGGAAUUUUUGAAAAGAUUUUGAUACCUUCAACAUGAAUAUUAUAACCGACGUAGGAAAAAUAUAUUAAUAAUUUAUUCACAUCUCGAGGAAUUCUAGAUAUUUAUCUCAACCCAUAAUGAUAGAUCACUAGUUUUUAUUGGUUUCAAGUUGUAAUCGAUUCAAACAAUUCAUAAGGAAAGAUCCACCUAAAUAAUAAUUAUUUCUUGAAAGUGCUCAUAUACAUAGACCAAAAUUUAUUAAAUUUAUACGUCCACUUCGGCUGAAAAGAUUAAAUAUUUUAAUUUAAAUAGGCAGUGCUGGAAGUCUUCUUUGGCGAGCGUCUUUAGGAGCUCUGCCGUUUUUUGCUUUACCACUUACAUCGACUCAAAUCGGGUCAGUUUCAAAGCAAAUCUUUUUCUAACCUUUCAAGGAAAUCUGUGCAGACCCGUUGAUACAAGAGCUUCUGGUCAGGAGUCAGAUUUUUUGGCACCAACUUCGCACAGACUUUUGUCAUAUGUAAUUCCUCAUGUAAAAUCGUCACACAUGGUUUUUGGGCCCGAGAAAAAAACACGUCCGAUUCAAACCGCUACUGCACAAAUACUAUAAUAGUUACGGAAACGAGUUUUUGGACGUCCAUAGAUAAGAUAUCAAGAUACCCAACGCACUACUCGUUUUUUAACAACAAACCCCCCCCUCCACCCGUCUAGUGCGCCCUAUAGUCGCGCAGUCUCGUUAUUUAAUAUUUAUAUUGUGUUAUCAAUUAACUCAUUGUUGAGGUUAAAUGAAUCAUUGUUUUAAUUAAUUCCUUGUAAAUCUUCACGAUGUGUAUGAAUUUUCAAAUCGAAGUUUCUAAGAAGUUUAUUUAUUGCGUAGCCAAAUCUAAGAUUGUGUAAAUAGAUAUUUUGUAACAAAAAAUAAUUAGUAGAAACAAUAUAGUUUUUCUAGUCAAACUAAUUAGAUUUUAUACUGUUGAUUAGGAAAAAAUUCGUACAGUAAAUAUUUUCAAAUAUGCAAUAAAAUUGUGGAGGAAUAAUUUAUUAGAGUAGAAAUGUUGAGCAUCAGUCCUCAAUGUAUCUAUUUUCCAUUUUAAUCGUUUAUCGACGAAAAUAAGUUUUUAGAUAUUUUGUAUAGUGGUAUAUCCAAUUUUAAAACCGUGUCUCAGCUUAAAAAAAUUAUAUAUUAUUAGAAUAAACUAUGUUAUUAAAAAAUAAUAUCCACUUUUAGCAAUUUUUUCAAUAUUAUUUUAACAAAAUUCAUAAUUACACUGUCUGACGCCCAUUUCGAUGACCAAGUUAUCUCAAAAACCCGCGUUGGACGGUGAUUCCAGAAAAUUCGAAAUUUUAUUGCAUAUCCACAAUGAGUCCCCGGUUAGGUGAAAUGACUAAUAUAAGAAAUAAAAAAUUCUAAAUUCCAAUUUUUAUUUUCGGGGGUUGGGCCCUGCUUGACAAAAAAUAAUAGGUUCGCUCCAACAGACUAUCAGUAACUAAUUGAUCAAGCCCGAUAUGAGAAUUGCGUUCAAACAGUAUCAAUUUCAUGUAAUGACCAAAAAGUUUUAUAUUCCAACAACAAAUUGGUAUUCAACUACUACUCCUGGUCUUCAUCUUUUGCUUUCAAGUAUUGACAUUCUCAUAAAGAGGAGAAAAGGGUCAAAGAUUAGUAUAAGUACAUUUAACAUCGGAAGAGAAAAAGGAACGUGCGCAUAAGAAAGGAAGGAAGAGUAAUAGCACAAGGGAAGAUGAUCUGAAGAAACUUAUUGGAUCUAAAUGGAUGGUUAACGCUAAUGAUAAGGAGGAAUGGAGAGGCCGAAAUCCAAAAUUGAACAGAUUACGGCUAUUUUAAUAUCCUAUUUUAUGAGGGAUAUAGUUUUUUCAAUACAGGAUAUGUAUAUUAUUAACGUUGUCAAGAGGUUCUCACCUCAAUUGUCUAUUUUCAAGAUUCUUUUAUAUAAUCUAAAAAAUGAUUAUCCUUCCACCAACAAGCUAACACGCUUCGAGCUUGAGGAUAGAAGAUUGAUGUGUUAUAAUUAAUAUUUCAGUUUUAAUUUUUGAAAUGAAAAUUAUCUUAUAAAAAAAUCACUUUCAAAAAUCAAAUCACAUUUGUUGUAAGGGAUUGUUUCUUACAAAAACAUUUUUAUAGCAAACUUUAUAUCUUAAUAACAUAAUUUACAAAUUAUUAACAUUACAAAUCAUAUAGUGUGGGGAGACUGCAUGGAUUAUAAUUUACUAUUUCAGUCAAUCCACAACAAAUAUAGAAAAUCCUGAAAUUUAAUACGUAAUUGAGAUUUCUACCUGGUGACAGGAUUUAAAAUUUACUUACUAACCAAAUUUUAGUUUUAUAUCUAUUAUAACUAUUAAUUAUUUGAUAUUUCAUAUUUAUAAGUUAGAUUUAAUGGUAAUUUCAAUAACUUGAUUGUUUAGAUAAUUAUUUGGCAUUCUACUUCACCCAUAACGAUUGUAUUGUAUUUUCUUUUGAUUUUUAUUUCAUCGACUUCACACAAAUUUGUAUAAGAGAGUAAUUUGUGAUAUUUGUCUCAUUAUUAUUAGUAUUAUCUUUUAAAACAUAUCUACUCAUUUCGUUUGUAUCAUGAUGCAUGCUUUAAUAAUAGAAACUCACUUUGUACUUUUCACUAUAACAUUGAAUUUAUCUUGUCUUUUAAUAUUCUUCAUGCUUUUGAUCAUUCUAAGUUUCCUUGUUUAAUUUGGUAUCUCUAUUAUUAUACUAUAAUUUCUUUCAUGUCCUCUGUAUCUUUUGGAUUUAUAUUGUAUUCUCUUUUCUACAUAAAUAAUUAGUUAUCUUCAUCUCUUUGUCUUUUAUAUUGAACUAAAUAGUAGUCUCUUCUGUUUGUUUAAUAAUUUUUGGAAGAUUGAUGAAAAUUGACGUUUCGACCUGCUUCAGUCUUCAUCAAAAUAUGAUAUGAACAACAUUUAGAAUCAUUAAUAUGUCAAAAGGUCUCAGAAAUAUUUCCUUAUGUUUCUAACAAAGUUUAUUAUUAUGUUAUCAAAAUUGUUUAAUACAAAUUUCCUUGGAUUUUUUGUAUAUUUUCGUUAUAAUAACUAACGAAAACGUACAAAGGAUCAAAGGGAAUUUGUAUACAGAUAUGAAAAUGAAUUUUUAUAUAGUGAUAAAUAAGAAUAGUAAGACCAAAGAGGAGAAAAUCGAAGUGAGAAAAUCGAUAGGAGAGGUAUAGAAAAAAGUUUGUUGUUAUCUAGAAACAAGAACAAUUUAUGGAAAAAUGAAUGACAAACUUUGCUAGAAAAAUGAAAAAAUAUAAAAGAACUAAAGAAAAUAAUAAUAAUAUGAGAUCAGAUAGAAAAUCACAAUUUAUUUGUGAUUUGAUUAUUUAUUCAUUAAUUUUCGGUCGUUGGGUAAUUUCUAGAAGUGUCUGGAUUAAAGCUCAUACCUUCAAGGAGAAUCAUUUUUAUUGUCUAUACCUACCUAAUUAUUUUCUCAAUAAUCUAUCAACCAGUAAUGUUUUAAUUAUCAGUAUGUUUUACGAAUUCAUUAUUGUGUUGUAAAUAUCAUUAACUGAUACGCUCUAGGGAGAAUUAAACUCAAAAUUUGCUCUAACAUUAUAGGAUUUGGUAUGAUAAAUUCUCAUAUGUUUCAUUAAUAUUUUCCAAUUACUUUGGUUUUUUGGAAUUAUAUGAUAACAGACAUUGGAAAGAUCUAAAGUGUGUAUUGAGUUUUUUCAUGAAUUUCUUAAAUUACCGUGAAUUAUUAUUGUGUGUAUAUUUUUGUUGAUUUUCACUUGUUUUUUUGUGACUGAUCUUUUGUAGUGUGUUAUAUUAUUAAUUGUAUUAGUGAUAAUCAAUUUCGUGAAUAUUGUGUUCAAACCAAGAACUAUUUUUGUAAAACAAGUUGAGUGAAAAAUGUAAAUUUUCAAAUAUUGUUGAUAAUAAAAUUAGUAGUAGAUGUU